AGUUUUGUUUGAUAUUCGAUACAAAAUUUCGUGCAUUUGUUCUCGUUUCGUCUUUUUCGUUUUGUUUUAUUUUUUAAGCUUUUUGGUAUCCUUUUAUCAUACUUUCGCGCGUGUUACGCGUCGUCCUCAUCUGGUCACACUCGUCCAUCCAUCCACACAUCGCUGUUAACGAAAAGAAAAGUGAACACGCGCGUAAUUUUCACACCCCCACCCUUUCGCACCGUACCGCCUCCUUCUUGUGUUUGUGACAUUUUUGGCAUUAUUAUUGCAUUCCACGUGUGUUUCCGUGUUUUUGUUCGCCCGGUCUCGUCCCGUAUUUUUGAUUCGUCGUAAAAUUUUCUCCGUUUCGUCUUUAUGAACGUGUUAUAAAAUUAUUGUGAAAAACAGCAAAAAAAAAAAAACACAAAAAAAUCAAGCAAGGCUCAAAUUUUACGACAUCAAUACCAACAACAACAAUAUUUACCCCGCUGUUUUGUAAGUUUAUGUUGGUAUUGGUGCAAAGAGUUCUUAGCAUGAACCAAGCUGUAAGUUUGCACUACGACGAGAAAGAAAACGUAGCGACCAUGAUGUCCUGCCCCCUACCUAUGCCAUUACCGAUACCGAUACCUUCAAUACAUAAAACUGAAUUCACACCGGUUCACAUUGGAGUCAAGGUAAGGAUCGAUGAACAAUUUCUGUAUAAACUCAAUCAUUUGCGCGGAAGCGACGAACUUUUGAGUCAAGCAGCAGUCAUGGCGCCCGCUUCCGACAAUAAUAAUCAGGAUCUGGCCACAAAGAAGGCCAAACUGGAUUCGAGCACCGUGCUGGCCGGCGGAAUUGCCAAAGCCUCGAAAGUCAUUCAUUUGCGCAACAUUCCUAACGAAUCUGGUGAAUCGGACGUAGUUGCACUAGGCAUACCAUUCGGACGUGUGACAAAUGUCCUGGUGCUGAAGGGCAAAAAUCAAGCAUUUAUUGAAAUGGCCGACGAGAUAUCCGCCACAUCGAUGGUAUCCUGUUAUACAGUGAACCCGCCACAGAUGCGCGGUCGCAUGGUCUACGUGCAGUUCUCCAAUCAUCGCGAGCUCAAGACGGACCAGAGUCAUAAUCAGAACUCGUCGGCGGUGCAGAGCGACUAUCGCAUUCAAUCGCCUGCCGGUGGAUCACCCUUGCCGCUAUGCGCCGUGGCCAAUGUGACCAGUAACAAUGCAAACAGCUCGGGCGACAGCAACUGCAGCACUGUGGCCAUCUUACAAAACAACACGAGCGCUGUAAACGCCUCGGCGGCCGGCAACAAUACCAAUGCAGCCGGUGGACCCAAUACCGUGCUGCGCGUAAUUGUCGAGACUCUGAUGUAUCCAGUUUCGUUGGACAUAUUGCAUCAGAUAUUCCAACGCUUUGGCAAGGUGCUAAAGAUAGUUACCUUCACCAAGAACAAUUCAUUCCAGGCGCUCAUCCAGUAUCCGGAUGCCCACUCUGCACAGCAGGCCAAGUCUAUAUUGGAUGGCCAGAAUAUCUACAACGGUUGCUGCACUUUGCGCAUUGACAACAGCAAAUUGACCGCCUUGAAUGUCAAGUACAAUAAUGAUAAGUCACGUGACUUUACGAAUCCGGCGCUGCCACCGGGCGAGCCGGGCGUCGAUCUCAUGCCCACUGCCGGCGGCCUCAUGAAUACAAAUGAUCUGCUGUUGAUUGCUGCCCGCCAGCGGCCCUCACUAACAGGUGAUAAAAUAGUCAACGGCUUAGGAGCACCCGGCGUGCUGCCACCUUUCGCCUUGGGCCUGGGCGCACCACUCACCGGCGGCUACAGCAACGCCCUGCCCAAUUUGGCCGCCUUCUCGCUGGCCAACAGCGGCGCCCUGCAAACAACUGCGCCCGCCAUGCGCGGUUACUCAAAUGUUUUACUCGUUUCGAAUUUAAAUGAGGAGAUGGUCACGCCUGAUGCUCUAUUUACCCUCUUUGGUGUAUACGGCGAUGUGCAACGUGUAAAGAUUUUGUACAACAAAAAGGACUCGGCACUCAUACAAAUGGCAGAGCCACAGCAAGCUUAUUUGGCCAUGUCUCACCUUGAUAAAUUACGUUUAUGGGGCAAGCCAAUACGUGUCAUGGCCAGCAAACAUCAGGCCGUGCAACUGCCCAAGGAGGGACAGCCGGACGCGGGCCUCACACGUGACUACUCACAGAAUCCAUUGCACCGUUUCAAAAAGCCCGGCAGCAAGAACUAUCAGAACAUCUACCCGCCAUCGGCGACACUGCAUUUAAGUAACAUUCCCUCAUCCUGUACCGAGGAUGACAUCAAAGAAGCCUUCAGCUCCAACAAUUUCGAGGUUAAAGCAUUCAAAUUUUUCCCUAAGGACCGCAAAAUGGCGCUGCUGCAACUGUCGUCGGUGGAGGAGGCUGUGCUGGCACUGAUCAAAAUGCACAACCAUCAGCUGUCCGAGUCGAAUCAUUUGCGCGUGAGCUUCUCCAAGUCGAACAUCUAGAAUCCGACCCGUGGUCAGGUUCACUGAACUUGACUGAGUGCCAACAGCAGCUAUGCACUACGGCAGCAGUUCUUUU